AUGUGUUGUAUUGUUUGACCUAGGAAUGGAAAGGUGUACCUGGCAUAGGUAUGCUGCAUAAAAUCAUUCAUGAAAUUAUUGCUGCACUAGUGAAUGGAAUUAUACAAGCUUAAUGUUAUGCAGACGGUAUGUGUGGUUAAAAUGUAAGGCCAAUAGCAAUCUCACUGUGAAUAUCGAGUGCAGUAAAUCCGUAGUCCAAAAUGUUACCCAUCUGUGGUCAUCUCACCUGGUGAGCUUAGGUAGUAACUGGUAAGUGGUAACCCUCACAAGAAGAGAAGGAAGCCACACUGCUGAUGUGCCAGCCUUUCCGCUAGAUGGUUACUUUUUUUUUUUUUUUAUGAGUGUUUUGCCCUAUUAGAUUUUUGUAAUUCCGCGGAAAUAUGUGUGAGUAAUCCAAUUAUUCCAUCCAAGAGAACAGUACUAUCAGGAAAAAAUAAAAUAAAAAAAUAAACGGAUAAUAUUGAAGAGACCACCUCUACAUCUGAAGAUUAAGUUAGAUUAGUUUUAGAUUCAUACAGUUAAUUAAUUCCACUGCUGGAUACCUUCAUUGUGUAGAUCACGAUACGGAAAUGCAUCAUGCUUUGUCCAAAUAUCAACAGUCAAUGUUUGGCUAAGUUUAUUUCCAUAAUACCCAAGUAAACUAUCACUGUAUUGAAUGUCCAAAUUUGCCCUACAACAGCUCUUCCUUUAAACGUAAGUGUCUAAAGUAUUAUAUGCAAAUACUAUGUAAAAGAAAGACAGGGGAACCUCUAAUCCAAUAUAACAAAUAAAUGUAGCAACCCCCUCCCACCCAAAAAAAAAAAAAGCAAGAUAGGGUUGGCUUGUUUUUGAUCACGUGGAUAUUAAUCGAGUCUACCUACCAAAGUACAACGUUUUCUCUCAACACGUGGCCACAAGUAAACACCGCGAGAUUCGUCCAGAACAAGGAGUAUAGAGAAAAGUCCAGUGAAGGUCAUGCUGGCAUUGGAUUGUGUUAUUAAGCAUGUCAACAACUUGCUGACUGCCACACACCCUCCAUUAGCCUCGUAACUCCCACUUCCUACCACCACUGCCUGCCUCUCCAUGCGGCCUUUGUCAUGAUGGAGUCAAAAGGCUCUCACAAAUGGACAAAGAAUAUUUUAAAUGAACUUGACAUUAAUCCAAAAAUUGUAGUAUGUGCUAAAAAAGCAGGCUAUGUCUCUGCAUCCAGCAUCCUGGGGGCCUCUCAUAAUGAACUGGAAGAGAAGCUUGGAUUGUCUUCAUUUCACAUCAAAAACUUUAUUGAUGCUGUCACUUCACAUGUUCUCCCUAAGAAAACAUCAGCUUGGGACUUGAGCCAGACAGGAGAAGGAGAUCCAAAGCACAUCACUUUGGGGUGUCAGAAUUUAGACAACUUCCUGGGUGGUGGAGUGCCAGCCCAGGGCAUCACAGAGAUGACAGGACAGAGUGGAAGUGGCAAGACCCAGAUAGCACUGCAGCUAUCACUGUGUGCACAGCUCCCACCUGUUGCUGGUGGCUUGGGAAAAGGUGUUGCCUACAUCUGCACAGAGUCCCAGUUUCCAACUGCCAGGCUUCAACAAAUGGUAAAACAUUUCAAAGCAAAGCAUAGCAAAGGGCCAGCAUCAUACACUGAUGGGAUUUUUGUUCACCACAUCCCAGACAUGGACAGCUUAGUGGACUGUGUGCGAUACCAGCUGCCCUGUCUGUUGUCACAGCGGCCCAUUGGUUUAGUUGUCCUGGACUCAGUGGCAUCUCCAUUUAGGGCUGAAGAGAGUAACAUGGAGAACAAAAACCUUCUUUAUACACUUGGCUACCAACUCCAUCAGCUGGCUGCUACUUACCACAUUGCUAUUGUUGCUAUUAAUCAGGUGACUUCUGUCAUAGGAAAUAACAACUUGUAUGGCCACUCAGGAAAUGUGGUCCCUACAUUGGGUCUGACCUGGGCUAACCUGGUCACAACUCGACUCAUGAUAGGUCGCACUGAUUCACAUGUGCAAGCUGAACAAACUGAAGGCAGCAGACAAGUUAAGAAGUCUUCCAGUAAAACAAUAGUGGAGUAUAAUGUCAGAGAACUUGAAGUGAUAUUCUGUCCAUGGCUAGGAAAGAAGUCAUGUCCUUUUGUUGUUACCAGUAAAGGAAUUGAGGAUGUAGAAUAAACUGUUUUCUGAGAUACU